AUGGCAGAUCCUCCUACCCCUAGGGUUCAUCAACCCCCUCCUGAGCCUAGGUCUCGUCAACCUCCUCCUGAGCUUAGGCCUCGCCAGGCCCCACCAGAACCAAAAAAUGCUAAUGCCAUGCCUCCACCACAGCCUAGAGAACGGCACCCACCACCCCAGCCUAGAGAACGGCACCAACCACCUCAGCCACGCGAAAGGCACCCACCACCCCAACCAAGAGAAAGGCAACCUCCACACAUAUAA